GGAAACAAACAGUGUGAAAGAAGAGAAGAGAUAGCUCGGGAAAGGGCGAGAGGGAAUUAAUUUAUCGCGAUCACCGACACACAAAGCCCAGGGAAAAAACAGGACCAGUGCUCGCCUCCUUCUAUUAAAUAUCGGCUCAAUCCCACCUUUAUCGACGCGUUUAGUAGUAAAGAACACACCGAGCAGCGAUGGCCCAGGAGACCAAUCAGAGUCCAGUUCCCAUCCUGUGCACCACGGGCUGCGGUUUCUACGGCAACCCCAGGACGAACGGGAUGUGCUCCGUCUGCUACAAGGAGCACCUGAGUCGACAACAGAGCAGCGACCGCAGUCCAGUCAGCCCUCUGGCAGGCAGUCCUUCGUCGGAGGCUUCGGCCAUCCAGAGACUAGAAGCCAGCUUAAACAAAACAGAGCCAUCACCCCCAGCCAACACAGAGUCGACGAGAGAAAUGAUGCCCGUGGCCUCCUUGCCUGUAACACAACAGAUGACGGAGAUGAGCAUCUCCAGAGAGGAGAGAAGCCCUUCUCCCACACCGGACACUGCAGAACCAGUCGUGACCCAGCCCACUUCUUCCUACUCACCCGUGGCCGGAGCUCCAGCCAGCGAUGAAGGAAAGAGUCCAGACGCCUCCAAGCCCAAAAAGAACCGCUGCUUUACCUGCCGCAAGAGGGUGGGACUGACAGGAUUUGACUGCAGAUGUGGCAACCUCUUCUGCGGCAUCCACCGGUACUCGGACAAACACAACUGCACGUACGACUACAAAGCCGAGGCGGCCGCCAAGAUCCGCAAGGAGAACCCCGUGGUGGUGGCGGACAAGAUCCAGAGAAUAUAAGCACAGCCGUGUUCGAUACGGCCGGAGGAUAAAGAGAAGGAGGAGGAGUAUGGGAGUGAGGGAGGGAUUGAGGGAUGGAGGGAUGAAGAAAGAGAGCUGUUAAGAACAGGAGAAGCGAGAGGAUGGUGGAAAAAACUUGGCUAUGUGAAAAAAAAAAAACGAACGGAUGGACUUACGUUUUUCUAUCACAACCUGAAGAAAAGAGAAAGGAGGAAGAGGAGGAAGAAGAGAGGAAACGGCUGUCCUGUGAGAAGAUGAUGCAUGAAUGAACCGUGUUUUUUUUUCUUGUUUUUUUUUAAUUAUAGGUAUUAUUAUUAAUUUUCUGUUUUCUUUCCUUUUGCACUCUUAUUCUCUUUCUCUCUUUCUCUUUCUGUCUAUUCUGCUGCGGAGUGCAUGUGUGAGAGAGUGCGUGCGCUGAGUUAUUCCUCCGUUAUUUUAUUUUUAAUUUUCUUUCCUAAAGCGUAGAUCAGGACACCUUUCAGGAAAUCGUACCUUUUACCUUUUACGUUCUCGUUGCUCUUUUGCCUUCUGGCGGCGGACGCUUUGUGCCAAAACGUGGCCACGUACUGUAGUGUUGCGGAUAGUUUGCGUGCAGUUGAUGCGAACAGGCAGUUGUUGCAAAAAAUACGUGAUCGGACUUCUUGGCAUUUGUGGCGGUCUGGUUUUCGUUUGUUGGUUUUGUUGGUUUUUUUCGAAAGGAGGGGUGAGGGAGGUGUCCCGGAUGUUGCGCAUCUGUUUCGUUUCAUCCGGGAGCGAUAGGCGUUUUUAUAUAGGUGAUUAUAUAUCUAUAUAUAUUUUUUUUUUUCUUGGUGUUCCACUCAAGUGUGCUCUUCGACAUAAGCGUUAAGGUCACGCAGAUCAAGUUCCGAAGUAAGGCUGCCUGUCCUUUAUCCAUCGUAGGGUGUUUUUCCAAUUAUUUUCUUCGUAUUAUUCCGUAAUGUGAACAUGCUACUGUGAUGUCGCAGCGUUUUUUUUUUUCUUUUUCACCAUUUUCACUGGAAGAUCCUCAGAAAGCAUUAGCGAUUAGCUUCCUUCACUUCACUCUUUAUGGCCACGAAUGGCCGGCCUUGUAGUUAUUAUGUUAUUACAGCGGGGGGGGGAAUACUUCUGUUUUUAUUUUAUCAUCUGAGUGGAGUCAUUUAGGCAUUUAUUUGAUGUGUGUAUGUGUGCGUGUGUGUGUGAGCCUGACUGAGAAAGAGAGCAUGUAUGUAAGAAUGUAUGUGUGUGUGUGUGUGUAUGUGUGUGUGUGUUAGGACCAGAUGAGAAAAGCUAACCUUCCAUAGACAGUGAAACAGUUAUGGUUUAACAUUUGAAACACUGCAGUAGUAGUUAUCAGCAUCAUCUUAGUUAAUUAUAUUAUAUAAUUAAUUUUUUUUUCUUUUGUCUGCAAGCACCCAUUACCAAACCCAUAUUUGUGUGUGUGUGUGUGAGUGCGUGCGUGUUUUUAUGUGUUUUUUUCUCUUUCUUUUUUUUAUCUUUUCUCGUGAUGGGUCUGGGAGUGAAAACUGUGUGUACCUGUUUGAGUUUUAACUUCAGCCAUUAGUUUAUAUGCAAAUUUGUACAAAAAAAUCCUUACCAUGUUCAUAUUUAUGUAUUGCAUUUAAUCCUUUUACCUGGCAUUAAAAGCAAAAUAGUAUUGUAAAUAAAAAACGAAAUGUACAGAAAGAAAA